CAGUGCCUGAACUUGGUUUGUGUCCAUCCCAUGGCAGAGAGGAUGUAGAGCAGAGCUGCAGGAGCUGCAGAGCUCUCAUUUGUAAUGAUGCGACUCCCCUCGCGGAGGCGGAGCAAAGUAAUGGCGCGACUGACGAAUCUGUUGCUGGAAUUUUCAAUCGCCCAAGGCACACAAAAUGCAAGACGGAUAUUUCUGGUCUUCAUCCUUUUGGUUGCUUGGAUUGGUCUCUACGGAGACCUUUUGGGUGCUGGUCUCACGGACAAGGCUUUGCGACCCGACAAGGACUCGUUCUUGGCUCGGAUGGGCUUCCAAAUCUCUGUGUUUGUGGCCACUCUUUUAGUUUGUGAGACCACUCUUAUCCUAGUGUAUGGCACCGUUGUUUAUGGCGGGAUGUUCCUUCACCAAAAGGCCUUUGUGCUGGGUUUCUUUACUUCCUGGGCGAUCUUUGCGCUGCUCAUGUUGGCAAGAUCCUCGGAAAGUCGUAGUUGGCUUCUUUACGUUGUGCCAAUCUGCACAGCGGGGCGCCUUUUGAUGAUUCCAGUGAUCCGAGCCGAGCGUGUGAAGUUCACACGGAUGGCAGAUAUGGCCAGAUGUCAAAACAUCUCCCUGGAGACGAUCCAGAAGGCUAUCCUGGAAACACCGGAGCGGGUGCUCAGUCAGAAGCAGAGACAGCGAUUGUUACGCCUUGCAGAGCAACAAGAUCUGAAUCAACAGCGGCCGUUCUGGGAAGAAGCUGAUGUGAGUCGGUUCCUACGCGAUGCUGGUGCAGAGCUUUCAGAGCACAGUGGCGCAGCAGGCACUGCAGCAUUGCUCACUGGUGUAGUUUCCCGGCUUGGUGGCACUUCUGCCUUCAACAAUUACGGUAUUUUUGCGACUUUCAACAGUGGACGCUACUAUCUGCUGACCAGUGACCCUGCAAACUUCCUUCUAUUUAGUGUGGCAUGCUUCUUGGAUGGCUGCAUUGGUCCAUUGCAGGCCGAUUUAAUUUCGUUGCUGACGAGUGCUAUCAUCACACAAAACGAGACUGCGGCAAUUCAGCAGAUUGCUUUUUAUGUCGGUAGCCUUCUGCUGAACCUUGUGUGCUACAUUGCCCUGGUGAGAUCUUAUUCACAUAUUCUGGCGAGAGGUACAGCAUGGGUUCAGAUCCAGGUUGCUGAGAAAAUGUUGGCCAUGAGCUCGAAGUAUGCGAGUACCUACGGCUCAGGCUCCAUCAACGCAACCUUUGCGUCAGACAUUCUGCGACUGCAGGAUCUUUGGACAGGUAUCAUGUGGUCGUUGCUGUCACCCUUAUUCCGUGUCUUGAUCACCAUCAUUUAUGCCUUCACCGUCUCCCCACAGGUGGGCGUUCUGGCACUAUCGGUCUUCCCAAUCAUCUUUGUAACCGUGCCACAGGGCUCCUCUUCUGUUCUGGCGGCCUCGUAUUCGAUGGCGGCCGCAGAGACCAUUGACAUUUUUCAGAAUGGUGUCAACUGUCAGCGCAUGCUGUGGCAAUGUGAUCGGCAACACUACUGGUUUUUGCAGUAUUUGCUGCCUAUGAUCAAAGAUCAGGAAACAAAACACUACGAGAUGCGAAAGAGAGGUGGCAUCGUGCAGGGUUACGUGCAGCAGCUCGUAAACAUGUUCGUGGCCGUGCAUAUCGUCAUUCUGGCCUGGCUGGCGGUGAAGGGCGGCAUCACUGUGGCGGAGUUCACGGGCUUCGUGUCACUCCUCUCCUCCCUGGCUGCGCCGUCUAUCAGCCUGGGCUCCUUCUAUCGAGUUGCAGUGAGCUGCGCUGGCUCUGUGCAGCGAAUUGAUGAGUUUCUUGACCAGGAGUCUUUGCCCCUGCUGAAGACCAAAGUAGUCCUGGGCAGGGCAAAUGGUGCCGACAGCCCUGUUUCGCAUUCGCAACCUGACUGGGAGAGGCAAAUCUCGCCCAUGCAGUAUGGAGAUUUGGACGUCAGCCGCUUGUCCUUCUGCUACCCUGGAAGAAAUGAAUUUGCGAUCCACGACGUCUCCUUCAACAUACCGGCUGGCAAGUUUGUGGCACUUGUCGGUGGCAGCGGCUGCGGCAAGUCGACAUUGCUGUCUUUGCUAAUGACGUGGCUAUGCCCAAGUGAGGGCACAAUCAGCUUGGGAGAGGAAGUGAGCUUCAACCCUUGGCUAGGAGAUUUUCAUAAGUCAGCACGGCGACUUCGGAAGAGCAUUUCUGUUGUCUUUCAGGACAAGACCCUACUUCGGGGCUCAGUUCUCGACAACAUUCUGAUCAGUGCUCCAACUGGGACCACCCGGCAAGAUGCCAAGUGGGCAGCAGAGUUGGCAGGCUGUGCCGACUUCAUCACCUCCAGCCUGCCCAAAGGUUAUGAUACCAUGCUGGGCGGUGCCGAUGGUGUGACACUCAGUGGUGGGCAGGCGCAGCGACUUUGCAUAGCUCGCGCGUUGUGCCGGAAACCGGCUUUGCUGCUGCUGGAUGAAGCCACAUCUGCAUUGGAUGCCGCCACAGAGCGACACGUGCUGCAGACGAUCUCCAGCCUUCGAAGCAAUCAUCCGGAGGCGGUGGAGGGCUAUGACCACGAUUGUGCAAGUGUAGGUGUGUAUAUGAUUGAUAUUUGAUUUCCACAAAUACAGUGCUAUCCUCGGAAUCUCCACCAGCAGCUAGCCAACUACUUCAUGGCUGACUAGAUAUCCUGCGAUACAACCUUGGAACAACUUCGCAGGAGUUUGGGAGGCUUACCAUCAUUUCUGUGACACACCACCUCCAUACCCUUGAGUACUGCAACAUGGUGGUACACUUGAAAAGUGGUGGCCGCAUCGAUCACAUCGAGCAGAGGCAGCUGUAGGACCCCCCGUUAUUUUGCCUUGGAAACGCUGAGAUUGCUUGGCGGCCAUGAGAUGUUUCUUGGCUUGAGUCAAGAAGUGCUUUGCCUGAUUUGUCAGUCGCCAGAGUGCUUCGACCUGAGCUUCCAGAGUUGAUUCGCUCAUUUUCUUUGAUUUAUACGUCGAGAAGAACAGCAAGCACUUUUGCCGAAAAGGCCUCAUCCAAAGUGCGGGCAAAGCAAAGCAUGGCAAAGGAAUACAUACAGAAUACUGGC